AUGUCGGAGGUAGAAAAGGGCGAGGCUGCCCCGCCCACCGUCCUCCACCGGAAGGACUCGUCUUCCGAUGGCGAGGUCGGCCGGAUCGAGGAGAAGGAGAGCUGGGCGACCCGCAAUGGCUUCAACCUGCGGUCCUUCCAGAAGAAGGACUCGGGUGCCAACAUCACUCUUGAGCGGCCCAUGAAGACGCGGCAUCUGCACAUGAUCUCCAUCGGUGGCUCAAUUGGUGCUGGUUUCUUCGUAGGCUCGGGUGGCGCCCUGUCAAAGGGUGGCCCUGCUUCUCUGCUUCUCGAUUUCGCUAUUAUCGGUGUCAUGAUGUUCAACGUCGUGUACGCUCUUGGUGAAAUGGCUGUCAUGUACCCUGUCUCCGGUGGCUUCUACACUCUGUCAACUCGCUUCAUCGACCCGUCCUGGGGCUUCGCCAUGGGCUGGAACUACGUCUUCCAAUGGGCUAUCGUGCUACCUCUCGAGUUAACGGUCUGUGGUCUCGUCAUGGCAUACUGGACCCCAGAUGUAAAUGUCGGAGUCUGGAUCGCCGUCUUCCUCAUCCUUAUCACCCUCGUCAUGAUGUUUGGCGCUAUCGGUUUCGCCGAGGAGGAGUUCUGGGCUGCACUCCUGAAGCUCUGCGCUAUCGUCAUCUUCAUGGUCAUCGCGUUCGUCUGUGUCCUUGGUGGUGGUCCCAAGGGAGGAGCCUAUGACACGUAUCAGGGCUCGAAGACGUGGCAGGACCCAGGCGCGUUCCGGAACGGUUUCCGUGGCUUCUGCGCUGUAUUCGUCACCGCCGCGUUCUCCUUCUCCGGAACGGAACUCGUUGGUCUGGCGGCUGCUGAGGCCAAGAACCCCGUCAAGGCUUUACCAGGUGCUAUCAAGCAGGUCUUCUGGCGUAUCACGCUUUUCUACAUCCUUGGUCUCAUGUUCGUCGGCCUUCUCAUCCGCUCAGAUGACGAACGUCUCCUCGGCUCCGGCAGCGGUGACACGUCCGCCUCACCUUUUGUGCUCGUCGGCAAGUAUGCUGGCCUGAACGGCUUUGACCACUUCAUCAACGUGAUCGUGGUCAUUUCCGUCAUGUCCAUCGGCGUGUCUGGUGUCUACGGAGGCUCGCGUACCCUGACCGCCCUCGCCCAGUUCGGCUACGCUCCCAAGAUCUUCACCUACAUGGACCGUGCCGGCCGCCCCACCUUCUCCGUUGGUCUCAUCCUCGUAUGCGGUCUCCUCGGCUUCAUCAACCUGGACGCUCAAGGUGAGGUGGUCUUCAACUGGCUCGUUGCCUUGUCCGGUCUGGCUGCACUCUUUACCUGGGGCUCCAUCUGCCUGGCCCACAUCCGGUUCCGCAAGGCGUGGAAACACCACGGUCACUCCUUGGAUGAGAUCCCCUUCCGGGCCAUUGGCGGUGUUUAUGGCUCAUGGUUGGGUCUCAUCCUCUGCGCCCUUGUCCUGAUUGCUUCUUUCUACAGCGCCAUCUGCCCUGUCGGCGUCGAAGGAGUUGGUACGGCCGAGGACUUCUUCAUGGCUAUGCUGGCGCUUCCAGUGGUGCUUGUGUUCUGGAUUUGCGGAUACUUCUGGAAGAAGGAGGGCUGGCUUCGCACCGCCCAGAUGGACGUUGACACGGGCCGUCGUGAGCACGACUGGGAUGAGAUCAACGCCUACAAGGCCAGGAUCGCGGCUUUCCCGUACUGGAGGCGUCUGGUAUACAAGUGGUUCGUCUAG